CAGUCAGUCAGACACAAAGAAGAAACCGAGGAUGUACAUGAAGCAGGUGAGUGACACACGGAGAGACAGGACAGCUGCUGCUACCGGCUGCUCUCUCCUUUGCUCUCUCCAUCACUUCAGCUGCCUUCUGACUUUCUGUCCGCCCCAUCCACAGAUUCUCAUCUUUGGGCUUUUGCUCGUGCCCGUGUGGACGAAGUGCUAUGAAGACGACCGCGAGCUGCAGAAGGCAGCAGAGAAGCUGAUGAACCGCUACCCGCAGCCUGCGGAGCCUCCGGCUACCGCGGCCCCUGACUCACCUGCCUCUUGCCCCGUGGAGCAUUUCCCUCAGCAGUCGCCUCAGCACCUCCACGACAGGUCCCUGUCCCCCUGGAGAUACGUACUUGUAACAAAGAAGGAUCACUUUCCUUCCACCUAUGCCGAGGCUCAGUGCCUCUGUUCAGGAUGCGUCCUGAUCCAGAACAAAAGCCCCCCAAUGGAGAGCCACGACUACAACUCACACCCCGUAACCCAGAGCAGGGUGUUUCUCAAGAAGGAGCCCUGCGACAGUGGGAAGAAAUACCAUUUGAAGCCAGUUACUGUUAAGGUAGCUGUGGGCUGUACCUGCGUCAGAGCCAAUAGGUCCUCCUAGAAGGGAUCCAAUCCAGACCUGCUGUCACAUUGGCACACUACAAUUCAUGUUGUGUUUGUUUUAAAAUGCAUCAAGUUCUUUAGAACGUCUAACUCAGGGGGUGUCAGGUCCUACAUAUAUCGGUGCAGAGGGAACAAUGGCCCAGCAUGCUCUCUGAUUCUCUGAGUUUAACUUGGACUCAUGACAGUGCCACACCUUAAUACACAGCCGACACCCCUGGGAUAAUUUACGAGGCUUAAAAAGUCAAAAGGUACAUGAGCUCGUUUUUGUUGGCUUAUUUAUUGUCAUAAUGGAUGACAUCAUAAUCAAUAGAUCUAUUAAUGUGUGUUUUGUAGGUCUUUAUAGGCUGCCUGCUCUUAAUUAUGACAGGUUUACAGGUCUGCGUGCAGCUAUUAUGUAAACUGGGCAUUUUCAUAUUGAUGGCCUCGCCAUCGAGGUCAAUAGCUAUUGUAUAGUUUUGUAAAAUAAUAAUUUAACUGCCAAUAAUAUUUUAAUAAUUAUCUAUUUAUUUGGUUUGUUUGUUUUGUGU